CGCCAAACGCUAAUUCAACUGUACACAGUGCGGAGGCGAUGUUGGCUUUCUGGACGCGAGCGCGAGCAACGCCCCAGAAGUCGGUACGAAAUUGAAAUGAGGGGCGGGGAAGCAGGGAAGUGCUUCCGGACAUGGAGGGGGGGUCGAGUGAUAAUGGUCUGAGAGACAUCGCCAAAGCUCCACCCAGAAUUUCGUGCCUCGCUUUGAUUUUCCUCGAAUUUGCCCGCUCAGCAGCGGGAGCCAGAGCACGAUGAAGCGCAAGAACGAAGCCCCUGCCAAUGGCAAGGCGAAGAAGAGAGCCAUUUCCGACGACGAAGCUCACAAGAAUUUCCGCAAGGGACUGUUCGACGCCGCCGUGCUCGAGGGCUAUACCAAGUAUUACGCCACAUCGCAGCCGUACCAGCACGCUGUGAUACAGGACCUAGUCAACGACGCCCUCCUGCGCAAUGUCCGCAACGAGAUUCGCGAGCACAUUUCCUUCACGCCGAAGGAGACCGACAUCUACAAGAUCCACCAGUCCGGCGACCUCGCGAACCUCGAUGGCCUCGACGACUCCGCCCUCAAGCGCCUGCCGUCCCUCUUGACCCUCCGCGACUCGCUCUACUCCUCCGCCUUCCGCAAAUACCUGUCUUCAAUAACUGGGUCUGGGCCGUUGAGCGGGGUGAAGACAGAUAUGGCAGUGAAUGUGUACACACCCGGCUGUCAUCUUCUGUGUCACGACGACGUGAUUGGGAGCCGGCGCGUGAGCUGGAUUCUCUACCUCCUCGAUCCGGAUCGUCCGUGGAAGCCAGAAUGGGGCGGAGCGCUUCGCCUAUACCCGACCGUAGACCUCAAGACCGCCGCUGGUGACGAGGUCAAGGUACCGCAGCCCGACUUUACCGUGUCAAUCCCGCCCGCAUGGAAUCAGCUGUCUUUUUUCACGGUGCAGCCCGGGCAAAGCUUCCAUGACGUCGAAGAGGUAUACAGGCGCGGACCAGAUGAGAUGGAGGAAGAUGACGGAGGGCGCAUCCGCAUGGCUAUCAGCGGAUGGUUCCAUAUCCCCCAAGAGGGCGAGGAGGGUUAUGAAGAAGGGCUGGAGGAGAAGCUCGCUGAGCGCAGUUCUUUGGCUCAGUUACAAGGAGGGAAAGCCGACGUGUUCGACGAGCCGCAAGCGCACUGGGUCGAUAAUCCCCACUGGGAAGAGCAGGCAAAGGCAGACGAUGAGGAGAUGACCGCCGACGAGAUCGAUUUCUUGAUCAAGUACAUGAACCCGAACUACCUCACCCCAGACACCGUCGAGGAGCUGUCCAAGAUGUUUUCGGAUGAGUCUUCCCUCAGAUUAGCCGAGUUCCUGUCGCCCAAGUUCUGUGCCCGGCUCCGCGGUUACCUCGAAUCGAAGGACCAUGAAACGAACCCCAGUCUGCCCGCGAACCCCUUCUACAAAGAACAGUCAGAGGUCGGUGUCGCUCGUCCGCCUCAUAAGCAUCUCUACCUCUAUCGGAAAGCCGUCCAGCCCAUACAAACGACUUACCCAGACACUGAGAGCUUGACACCCUAUGAUGACCUCGUCGAUAUCCUAUUCCCUCACCCCGCCUUCACCAAGUGGGUCUCACUCGUCACCGGCAUAACGCUCACGAAGAGCAACAUCUAUGCCCGUCGGUUUAGGCGCGGGGUGGAUUACACUCUCGCCACUGCCUAUGAAGAAGAGGAUCCUCAGUUGGAGGUCUGUCUGGGUAUUACACCCUCCAAAGGCUGGGGCGAUGAAGAGGAGGAGGAAGAGGAAACGCAGCAGAACGGUGCAUCGAGUAAGGCUAAUGGAAAGGCUUCCGGUGAAGCUCCGAAACCUGAAGAGGAAGUCGGAGGUUACGAAAUGUAUAUGGCCGGCGAAGACGACGAGGGGACUGAUGCCGGCGCCCCUGAAUCUUCCACACAUACCGGCGCCGGCCAGCGACGAAAAGCUAAAGCGGACCCUGCUAUCUACAAGAGCGCGGGUGACGACGAUGACGAUGGGAUAUUGUUCUCGCAGCCCGCGGCGUGGAACAACCUCGCAAUCGUACUGAGGGAUAGAGGAGUGCUGCGCUUUACCAAAUACGUCAGCAAAGCUGCCAAGGGUGAUCGAUGGGACAUCUGUGGCGAAUAUGGCGUCGAAUUUGGAGAAGAUGAAGAAGACGAGGAGUAACGGCCUGGCAUCCGACACGGUACGGAAGGGAAGGUGAGGUUCUCCUUCGCAUGCGAUCACGGCCUUAAAGCAACUUCCAUAGAUC